AAUUAAAUAUUAAAAAAAAAGAAAGUAUCACGAACACGAACGGAACGAUAGAGAACUAAGGCCCUAUUCACCGCUGAGCUGAGUUCUCGAGAUAAAUUUGUUUUCAAGAACUUAGCCACACGAAUUUAGGCAACAAUGACAACACCAAUACCUCCACUUGAUUUGAAACUCCGCAAUCAGCUGACAAGGUUUCUUCAUACGGGAAAUGAAGUCCCCAAGUAUUACCCGGGCUGCUGGACGUCACAAAAAUACUUCCAAGCUGAAAACUUGAAAACAAUUGAUGAGGCACUUGCUAAUGGAGUCAAUAAUCUUGAAGUUGUGGAUGUAAUUUUAAAGGCUUACAAAGAUGGAUGGUACACAAGAUUUGAAACCAUUGCUUUUGCUCUCACUAAGUGCCUAUUGCUUGGAAGUGCCGAUGUCAAGGCCGCUACUUACAAAGCUGUUGGACAAAUUUGCAACACUCCUGAACAGAUGAUGCUUUUCUGCAAAUACACAAGGCUAUUGAAAACAGGAAAUGGCCAAGGUUGGUGCAAGAUCGUCAGGUCGUGGUAUACCUCCAAAGACACCAUGGAACUAGCAAAGGAACUCACCAGGGUGAAGGCUCGCCACGGCCGCUCCCACAACACCCUCCUCAGGAAGAGCCAUGUUAAAGUCGACGAAAAUGAUAAAGCGCGCGACGCGGUAAUCAAAUACGCUAUCUACGGUUUGAAAAAAGCGAAGCAACUGGCCGCCGACCACGAACAGACAAAGACUGUGCUCGAGUAUAUACAAAAGGUGGAGGACUUGAGGCACUGUGAGGAUCCUGUCGCGGCAGCCGCGAUGGUCGAACAACAUCGGUUCACGCUUGACCACAUACCCGGACAUUUGCUGACUUCACAGGAUGUGUGGGACGCAGUGCUCCCACACAUGGAGCUCAGCGAUCUCCUAUACAACGUGCAGCGUGUGCACAACAUGGGCUUCCUCACGAGCGACUCGCCCACCACCGCGAUCCUGGUGUCGUUGCUCAGCAACAGUGACGUCAUCAAGAAGUCGAAGGUCACGCCCAUCGAGGUGUACAUCACGCUGAAUAAUUAUAAAAAAAAGAGCAGACCGCUGAAACACGAGAAAGCAAAAGUGGCUGUGGAGAAAGAGAGACGCCGCCGGGCCCGCCAGAUAUUCGACAGCAAAACUGGGCUGUGGGAGUGGUCAGUCACCCGCCGUCACCCCAAGGAGGUCAAGCAUUGGGGCAUCGACCAGCCCCCGAACCAAGCCGUGCUGAACGCGCUAACGAAUCUGGUGGACAUGACCUGGUCGCUCACGCCCAAAACUGGAGCGCGCUACCUUAUCACUAUGGACAUGAGACCGCACAUGUUUAAAGGCCGCCACUUCUGCAAGAACUUCGUGCUACCUAAGAAGGGUCGCAAGACGACCGCCACCGCCACCCCGACGAAGGCCACCCCGGCGCCUGCGCCCGUCACCGCCGCCGGCGACGGCGACGCCGAGAAAAAGUGCAAGAAACACCUGCUUGCAGAGUGCUUCUAUAAUAAACACGUCACACCGGGACAUGCCGCUAUCAUACUGGCUCUUCAAAUCCUGAAGCGCGAGGACAACGUGAAGCUCGCUGUGUUCACAGACGAAGGCGUGCAAAUCGUGAACAUCGACAAGAAAUCGGCCUCUCUCGACCAGGCGGAGUACAAUUUCAGGAAAGCCAACCUCGGCCGAGUUCAACUGGACGCGCCCAUAGAGUGGGCCGCCAAAAAGAAGAACAAGUACGACGUGUUCAUCAACAUGGUGGACCGGACCACGCGGUACAUGGAGCUGGACCAGGAGCAGCGGGGCGGGCGGGGCGCGGGGGGCAGGUUCGGGCCGCCGCCGGCACAGGGCAAGGAGGUCCCCGACCACUGCCCCGUGAGGGCGCUGGUGCGUUAUAGGGCGGCGGUCGAGGCGAAAGCCAAGCUAAUCGUGAUGUCGCUAGCGUCGCACCGCGUCGCGACAACCGACGGGAGCCACGAGGGCGUCCUCGACAUGAUCGGCAUCGACGAGCACACGCCCAAAGUCAUGGACGCAUUCACACUCGGACACUUCAAGUAAAACCCCAAAACAAAUGUCUUUGGGCCGCCAUACACGGAC